AUGUGCGAUUUGAGCAGUAAGCAAGCUAAAUUGAAUUUGUUAUUGAAUCGAAAAAGGAAGAUUGAUGCUGGUGUACAACCAGAGAUUCAGCAGCCAUCAUCAUCGCAGGAAAUGAAGGAAGACGUUGAGUUUGUGGAAAGCGUUGAUAAAAAAUUAGAAGAGGAGAGACGCAAGGCGGCUGAAGUAAUUGUGAAAGAAGCACGGAGAGCAAAAGAGCGCGCAGAGUUGGUUGGGCCACAAGGUUGGUAA